ACUGGGAGCCGGCUAGUUCCGGGAGCAGUUCGGAAGGGGCCUCCGGGAACGGACGGAGCAGCGGGGCGGAGCGAUGAUAUAUGGAAUAAUACCAUCUUAUGAAGUGACAGAGGUUGCUUCUCACUUUUCAUUAAAUUACUAAUACAGCUGUUUGAGGUGUUUGCAAUGGCUGCUACUGUGAACUUGGAACUUGAUCCCAUUUUUUUGAAAGCACUAGGCUUCUUACAUUCAAAGAGUAAGGAUUCUGCAGAAAAGCUGAAGGCACUACUUGAUGAAUCUUUGGCUCGGGGCAUUGAUUCAAGUUACCGUCCAUCUCAGAAGGAUGUGGAGCCACCCAAAAUUUCAAGCACAAAAACUAUUUCUGUUAAGCAAGAGCCCAAAACAUCAUCCAGUCUUCCUUCUGGCAAUAGUAAUGGCAAAGCCCUCACAACUGAAAAAGUAAAGAAGGAAGCUGAAAAGAGACCAGCUGAUAAAAUGAAAUCAGACAUCACAGAAGGAGUUGAUAUUCCAAAGAAACCUAGAUUGGAGAAACCAGAGACACGGUCCUCUCCCAUUACCGUCCAAACUAGCAAGGAUUUAGCUAUGACUGAUCUUUCCAGUUUUGAGGAGACUAGUGCUGAUGAUUUUGCCAUGGAGAUGGGAUUGGCCUGUGUUGUUUGUAGGCAAAUGACGGUAGCAUCCGGCAAUCAAUUAGUAGAAUGUCAGGAGUGCCAUAAUCUCUACCACCAAGAUUGCCAUAAGCCCCAGGUGACAGACAAGGAAGUGAAUGACCCUCGUCUUGUGUGGUAUUGUGCUCGAUGUACCAGACAAAUGAAAAGAAUGGCUCAAAAAACUCAGAAACCACCACAGAAACCAGCCCCCACAGUUGUUUCUGUAGCUCCAGCUGUCAAAGAUCCAUUGGUCAAGAAACCAGAAACUAAACUCAAACAAGAGACAGCUUUUCUAGCAUUUAAGAGAACAGAGGUCAAGACCUCCACGGCUAUUUCAGGAAAUUCUUCUAGUACCAGUGUUUCCUCUUCAGUAACUAGUGGCCUAACUGGAUGGGCAGCUUUUGCAGCUAAAACUUCCUCUGCUGGUCCAUCAACAACAAAAUUGAGUUCAACAACCCAAAACAACAGUGGGAAACCUGCUACCUCAUCAACUAACCAGAAGCCUGUGGGUUUAACUGGUCUGGCGACAUCAUCUAAAGGUGGAAUAGGUUCCAAAAUAGGUUCCAGUAACAGCACUGCACCCACUGUACCAUUGAAACCACCUCCACCUCUAACUUUGGGCAAAACGGGCCUUAGUCGCUCCGUUAGUUGUGACAAUGUUAGCAAAGUGGGUCUUCCUAGUCCAAGUAGUUUAGUUCCAGGAAACACCAGCCAGCUCAGUGGGAAUGGAAAUAGUGGAACAUCAGGGCCUAGUGGAAGUACCACUAGCAAAACCACUUCAGAAUCAAGCAGCUCUCCAUCAGCAUCCCUUAAAGGUCCAACUUCACAAGAAUCACAGCUCAAUGCCAUGAAGCGAUUACAGAUGGUCAAGAAGAAAGCUGCCCAGAAGAAACUCAAGAAGUAAUGUGGCCAAGUAGCUUUUUGUAUCACAUUACCCUAAAAUUUUAUUAUUAGGACAUAAACUGUAAUAUACUAUAAUUUAAUAAAAAUCUUCACAAUGAAAUUUCUAUUAUUUCUUACCUUAAAAUGCUAAAUGUUUUA